AAACAGAGGCUUUUAGAAGAAGAGUUAAAGAAUAGACAUCCUUUAUCCUGACUCUACUGCUCUUAAUCAUGUGGAUGAGGUUUGUGGUGUUUGUCUUCUGCUUACACGUGGAUGUCAAGGGUCAGGGUCAGGCGCGAGCUUCGCUCCGCAGGACAGAUGACCGCUACAGUCGCUGCCAGUACACCUUCACCGUAGACAGCCCAGUGGAAUCCAGCUGUCCCAGCGCCAUGGAGGCGGAAAACCUGAGCGCUCGAGUCACGCUGCUGGAGGCGGUGGUUAGCCGCGUGCUGGGCGCUGAGGCGCUACCAGAGACGGCCAGGACGCAGGCUGAGACUGAGGAGAUCAGACAGCUUCUUCAGGAUAAAGAGCAGCUGGACGGCCAGGUGAAGGAGCUCCAGAGACAAGUAGAGGAGCUGACGAUGGAGACGGAGAAGCUUAGAGAGAAACCCUGUCCACUGAAUCCUGACUCAGAGGACAGCUUCAGAGAUAAUAGAGGCAGCGGUCCUGCUGUGAUUGGAGAAUUCCAAGAGAUGAAGGCUGAGGUUUCUGAGGUUCCAGUUCCUCCCAAAGUCCAGGAGAAUGUCCAGGACAAUGCAGGCUGUGGGGAACUUGUUUCUGUUGGUGAGCCAAAAACCCAUCAAAAGGCAAACAGCAUUGCAGGGAAAUACGGGAUGUGGUUCCAGGACCCUGAGUCUCCGGGAGCUCCGUAUGGGCCGGAUACGGUGUGGCGCAUCGACACGGUGAGCAGUGACGUACGAGAACUGUAUGCCUAUGAAAACCUGGAACAGCUCGCCCGUGGCUACCCCAUGAAGGUCCUGAUUCUGCCAGAAUCGAUGGAGAGUACCGGGGCCACUGUGUACCAUGGAUCUAUUUACUACCAGCGCAAACAGAGCCCCACGCUGCUGCGUUAUGACCUCGCCUCUGAGAACAUCGUAGCACGGAGAGAGCUGCCACACCCCGGAUUCCACGGCCAGUAUCCUUACUCCUGGGGUGGCUACACUGACAUCGACCUAGCCUCGGAUGAGAAGGGACUGUGGGCCAUCUACAGCACAGAAAAGGCUCGUGGAGCCAUCGUCAUCUCUCAGCUGGAUCCAGAGAGCCUGAGAGUGACCAGAAGCUGGGAGACUAACAUCCAGAAGAACAAAGUGGCGAAUGCUUUCAUGGUGUGCGGCAGGCUGUACACGGUGGCCAGUUACAGAGCUAACAACACCACCAUCAACUUAAGCUUUGACACAGCUAGCGGCCAGAGCAAAGCGGUGGACGUGCCGUUCCGUAACCAUUACGGCUACAACAGUAUGAUCGACUACAAUGCCGCAAGAAGAAAGCUGUACUCCUGGGACAACUUCCACAUGGUCACCUACGACGUAAAACUCGCCAGAACCAGCAGCUCACCAUGAUAGAGACCUAAUCCACACAGUUUUACACUUCGGCAGGGAAAAAAGAACCAAACUUUUACAAUGGUGUGUAUCUUUGCGCCAUCUUCUGGCGGAAAGAUCAACUGCAAUUACAGUGAAAACACCAGUGCUUCUCAAAACUUCAACUGAUGCCUCCUUGAUUCCUCCAUCUUUAGACCAUUAAAUUGAUCUUUAAGAAAGAGUUUAGAAAAAUCCGUAAAUGAAGACAGAGGUGUUUUUUUUGGAUAGAGGAGACACAAAGGGGGGGGGCAUCCUAGAUGGAAGUGUGUUAGGUUGGAGUAUGUGAUGCUAACACACUGUUUAAAUGCUGUACCUCUGUCUAAUAAAAAAAAUAAUAUAAAAUAAAAAUAAUAA